UCUGAAAGAAGAAGACAAGGAUGCAGACGCUUCAACGGACACAGGAAUCUAAAUCUGUGCAGCUGUGUGUAAAAGUGAAAAGCUGUGGCAUCUUGAAGGAGAUAUGCUGAGGAGCGGAGCGGAGCGGAGCAGCGACAACGGCCGGAAAGCAGCAUCAUGAACUUUCAGUCUGAGGAGGUGACGGCAGAAGAGCGACACCCGGAGGAGGAGGAGGAGGAGGAGGAGAAGAUCAGAGGAGCUGACGAGGAGGAUGAAGCUGGAGGAGGCAGAACAAAGGAGGCCAUGAAAACCCCUGGUGCUCCAGUUUACUGCAUCUGCCGGAAGCCAGACAUCAACUGUUUCAUGAUAGGGUGCGACAGCUGCACUGAGUGGUUUCAUGGGGACUGUAUUGGCGUGUCGGAGCGAGCAGCCAAAUCCAUCAGAGUGUGGUACUGUCCGUCCUGCAGAGACCAAGAUUUGUCUCUGGAGAUUAAAUAUCGUCCAAAAAAGACCAAGAAGAGGGAGGAUAAACACUCAGAGCCAGAAAGAGAUGACAAAUUUGACGACAAAGAUGGGAACUCCAUACCCCAGCCACGAAUGGACAGGAGGCGGGGCUGCCAGAUCAAGCGUUCAGCCAGGAUGUGUGGAGAGUGCCAUGCCUGCCUGAGGACGGAGGACUGCGCCCAGUGUGACUUCUGUAAAGACAUGAAGAAGUUUGGAGGUCCCAACAAAAUCAGACAGAAGUGUAGACUCCGGCAAUGUGAGGUCCGAGCCCGGAAGAUGCUUCGUGUACAAGAAGAGGAGAUGAGCCGGAGCAGAGGGUGGGGCCCAUCACGGAAAGGAGCGGGGCACCAGACUGAGGAUGACGAGGAGGAGGAGGAGGAGGAGGAGGAGGAGGAGCAGGAGGGGUUCAGUGAGAGCGAGCUGGAACUGUAUGAGCAGUACAAAGCUGCUGGAUACAGAGACCUGGUGUGGCAUAGUGAGGAGGACGACACGCAGUCAGACUCUCUGAGAAAGAAGGCGGUGAAGGUGAAACACGUUAAGAGACAAGAGAAGAAGACGGAAAAAAAGAAGUCUGUGUCUGCUCCUAAAGAAGAGGCAAAGCCUCGGCGUCACAAGGCCAAGCAGCGUCACAGGGAGCGUGUGCGACACAGCGUGCGGGCGGAAAGUGUCGGUGUUAAAGACGUGUCCGGGACCCUGAGGCAGUGUUUGGGUCCUGGAUGUGUGGAGCCAGCAAGGACCAAUUCCAAGUACUGCUCUGAGGACUGUGGUAUGAAGCUUGCUGCCAAUCGUAUCUAUGAGAUCCUGCCUCAGAGGAUCCAGCAGUGGCAGCAGAGUCCUUGCAUCGCUGAGGAGAUGGGCCGAAGGCAGCUGGAGCGGAUUCGAAAGGAGCAGCAAGCAGCCAGACUGCGGCUCACCACGAUGGAGAAGCGCUUCCAUGAGCUGGAGGGCAUCAUUGCGAAUGCCAAGCUGCAGCAGGUCCAGCACCAUGAGGAGGUGACAGAGGGUGACGGCGAUGACACAGACCUUCAGAUCUUUUGUGUUUCCUGCAGUCAUCCCGUCAACCCCAAGGUUGCGCUGAGGCACAUGGAGAGAUGUUAUGCGAAGGUCAGUGUACAGCAGUUAGAGCCCCAAGACAUGCUGGACGUCCAGACCAGUAUUACCCAGCAUGCGCUGGCAAGAUGAACAUCGCUGGAACUGAAUCUGUCCCAUUUUGAUCCAACAGUACGAGAGUCAGACAUCUUUCGGUUCCAUGUACCCAACACGUAUCGAGGGGUAAGACUGGUGAAACCGUCUGUCAUGUGUUCUAUGUUAUUACUUACUCUCUGUCUGUC